CUGGAUCAGAUCCUCUCUCACUUUCUUCUUUAUGGUUACAACACCCAGAGAUGGCUAUUUCUCUCAACACAGUCUUUGGCUUCAAUUCUAAGUUGCAAACCAGAUGUCAGCAUGUCUCAAGAUUUUCUUCUGGAGCAGCAGAAUCAAGGACCAAUUUUAUUUCAUUUCCUUUGGGCAUACUUGGUUCGAGGAGACAGAUAAUGCGAAGAAAAUCGGGGUUGUGUUUCUCAAUUGUGGAUAGCGAUCAACUUGCUGCAGACAGUGGCAACAAGGGUUCAGGAGAUGCAGACAGGCCAGUUUCUGGUAAUCAAGUUUCGGCUGCAAACUCUUCGUCGGAAACUACAGGACAAAAUGGGGUUUUCCAAGAAAGUGUCAAUGAGACCAGUAAUCGUUCUGCGGUAUCUUCAAGUCUGAAACAGGAAGCAUCGUCCACAACAAAGAAAUCACCACUAACUGCAAGAGAGAGACUAAGGGCAGCUCGGGUGCUCAACCGUUAUGCAGAAUCAAAGCCAUCAAAAAAAGAGAUGGGUAGUAAGGUAUUGGAUGCUCUGAGGGAAAGUGAUAAAGGGAAGAAAAGGUCUGGUCUUCCAGAAGCCCCGAUAAACUUGUUUGAUGACAGCAAGCGAGGAUUGCCAAAGCCAGGCCUAACUUUUCAGUUUCCUGGGGGUUCUGAUCUCUUUCUCAUCAUCUUUUCAUUUGUUUUCAUCAGCACGGUUAUGUUCACCACGACUUUCAUCGUUUGGAAAGUUGGGGCCAUACACUUUAAUGAAUACUAAGGUGCAGGGCAAUCAAGAUUUUUGCAUUAUUGGAUUAGAUACCUCCUAACACAUCAUUGAUGCUCUCUUGACAUCUUGAUUUGAGGUACUGUAGAUCCCCAUGCGUCACAUGGCUAGAAUUUUUCGUUUAUGCAAGUCUAUAUACAUGACUGUACAAAGAGCACUGUCAAAACACCCAUUAUAUUUAUUAUCAAUGCUCAAUCAAUCUGCCUGGCGUAAUUACAUAGUUCUUAUGGAUUGAGGGUUUUUUUUUUUUUUCCCCUUAACAAGACUAGUCGAAUACAUGUAACUACUGCUCAGUCUUGGUGAUCCCUGAAACUUUUUCCCCUGCUUCCAUGGAAUACUUUGUCAAAACCUUAUGCUAUACUUCAAGUAGUAAGACCUUGAGAAAUAAAGGGAACCUACCUUGAUCUUUUAAGAUUACUUGACAAGACACCUAGCAAAUAAAUUCAUCUGCAGCAUAUGAAUGCACCUUGAUUGAGCACAUUCUUCAUGUGACACUACUCAACGAACAAUGAUGAUGGAUCAAUAAUGAAGAUGGAUUACAGAA